AUGGACCCGGGACUGCCCCACGGGGACUGGGUCCAGGGGAACAAAACGCAGCAGCCCCCACUGUGCCUGGCUCGCUCCGACCCCCGCCUGCUCUCCCAGUUCUUUUUUGCCGAUGAGAGGGUGACACGGGUGGUGGCUGAGAUCAAUGGGCUGGAUGCCGAGCUCGACCCACAGCAGUACCUGGUCCUCCUUAACCAGCUCCACCUCAGCCAGGCUCACCUGCUGGCCAUCCUGGAGCGGAUCAUGGAGGAGUGCAUCCCCACGCAACGGCACAGCCGUGACUACCUGGUCAAGUUCCCCGAGGAACUCUUGGUGGACAAUCUGGGGAACCACAUGCUGUUUGCCGCCGAGUGUCUCCUGGCUGGGACCUUCCUGGAGGUGGAGGAGGCGGAUGGGGCGCAGCUGCGGCCCCAGGCCAGGAACCUGCUGUGCAGCCUGGAGCUGGUGCGGACGGUGCUGCGGGAGCAGAGCCUGAGCCAGCCUGGCUCCUACCCUGAGCCCGUCCGGGCUGUGCUCGUCCAGUUUGACCGGCUCUUCGCAGAGUUCGAGCUGAGCUAUGUGUCCUCGCUGGUGGCGGUGAAGUCUCCUGAGGAGAUCUACAGGCAGCAGGAGAUCAUCGUGCUCUUCUGUGAGACAGUGGAGAGAGCCCUGCGCCUCGGCUACCUGACCCAGGAGAUGAUCGAUGGCUACGAACCGCUGCUGAUGUUCACCAUCCCUCGCCUGGCCAUUAUCAGUGGUCUCCUCAUCUACCCCGAGGGUCCCCUCAGUCUGGAGCAGAGGCCCGAGCAGAUGUCACGGGUCUUCAGCCCCUUCUACAACCUCCUGAAGAAGAUCAGGGACCUGCUGCGGGUGCUGUCGGCGGAGGAGCUCGGCCUGCUGGAGAGGAGUCUGUGCACAGCGGAAUCGGAGGAUCCCUGUGGUCCGGCCACCCCUCCAGCUUGGGGGGCAGCCGUGCCCAGAGCGGACUCCCCUGCUCCCUGGGGUCUCCUGGAGGUCCCCCACACCACCCCACCGCCCCCCACCUGCAUGGCACAGCUGGGACCCCCCAGUGUGGUGAAUGACCUGGGCACCGACCGGUGGUGGGGCCCCCAGCCCCCCAGGAGCAGCCCAGGGCUCGAUGCCACCCCGGCUGCCCACUGCUCGGAACUGCGGUCCCGACACAGCAGCACCAAGGACAUGCUGCACACCCUCUUCGUCUGCAUCUCAGGGGUGGCCGAUCAGCUCCAGACCAACUUUGCCAGUGACCUACGGAGCAUCUUGAAAACGGUCUUCAAGAUCGUGGCCUCGCAGGCGGAGCCCUUGGAGGAGCCGAGUGCCAGCCAGGAAGAGGACGGUGCGCCAGAUGCUCCUCGCGUGGCCGACUGUCCCCUGUGCUCCAGCCCCACGGAGGCUCCCGGGCACCGGAGGGCCGUCUCUAACCUUUGA